GUACAAUAUGAGAAUAGCAAUUUCUAGUAGAGCUACAUAUUACCUAUUUACAUCGUACAAGUCACAAAAAUAAGAUCAAAACGCAGAUAGACACCUUUUUCGAGAAAUUAUUCGAGCACACUCACACCGUCGUUUUCCUCCAUGGUGAUCGACAUACAAAUGGCUAUCGAGCGCAAAACCGAUGCGAUUACAGUCGAUCCCAGGCCGUUACAUUAUCCUUUCCCAACCGUCCGAUGGAUUUUCCCUUCAGCACCGAAUAUACACUCGGAGCGUACUGGUCAAAUGAUCCCUCAGUGGUUCGACACCUGGUCCACGAUUAACCCCGACGAGAAACCCAGAGGUCAGACUCCUGGACUGCAAAGAACCAUCAAAAUAAUCGAGGCUCUCCUCGAAAAGGAGCUAAAACAUGUCCCACAUGAGAGAAUCUUCCUAGGGGGGUUCGGUCACGGUUUCGCAGCGGCGUAUGCGGCAUGUUUUUGCCUCAAGAAGCGGUUCGCAGGCUUAAUCAGCUUCAACGGCUAGGCACCUAUGAGUAGCCUAGAGUAUUUAAUGCUUGAUUUCAAGUUUCAGCAGGAGGCAACCACUCCAGUAUUCAUCGCCCACUCGCGCGACAACAACAUCGUUCCGGUAGAGAACGGUCGAAAGUUAUAUGAUAUCCUCAAGGCUUGGACGAAGGGGAAAGUGGAAUUCCACGAAUAUGAAGAAGGCGGUGCUCAUGUAGAAGUACCACAAGCAUUAGGCGAACUUGCUAUGUU